AUGGAUAAUCUUCCACCGGUUAAAUUUUACAAAGCCUGGGACGAGUAUGGAGCGCUGAGCAACUUUUCCCCGUUUCCCGUGAGCGUCGACGGCGUGGAAUGGCCCACGGUUGAACAUUACUAUCAGGCACAAAAGUUCGCCGGCGUGCACAACGACAUCGCACGCGAGUCGUUUGAGAAAAUCAAACUCGCAGAAUCACCUGAGGCGGCAGCAAAAAUCGGUCGAAGCGCUCAAGCCGCUCAUCCCGAAAGCGUUCGAAAGGAUUGGGACGAUGUCAAGGUUGACGUCAUGCGACGAGCGCUGACGGAGAAGCUAGUAAGGUAUGAAGGACCAAGGACGUUGCUCAUGGAAUCUGUUUGCACCGAUGGUCGUGUGCGCGUCAUCGAAGACUCCCCGGUUGAUGGCGUAUGGGGCGCCGGUCGAGACGGAACUGGCCAAAAUUUACUGGGGGCGCUGCUCGUGAAUAUCAGAGAAGAUCUCGUGAGCGGGCGUUUAGACGUUGAAAAAUGA